UCAGUCUAGAGGCGAGACUGUGCGAAUGAUAGCAGCAUCAGCGCACAGUGAUUCUGCAGGCAUGUAAAGAUCCAAACAGAGCUCAUAAUAUACAAGCCUAAUAUUUCUUUUUAGAAUACAUUUUCUUUAUAUUUUACUAUUCCACCCUUCCUAAACGGGGAAUAUAUUUUACUGCAAAAUGACAACGUUAUCCCUACUGUUUAUGGCCGUGUCCAUCGCUUUGAUAGCUGCAGAAUCAACUGUUUAUUUCCGAGAGCAAUUUGAAGACGGGGACUCCUGGAGGAGCCGAUGGAUGGAAUCUAAGCAUAAAUCAGACUACGGCCAGUUUGUGCUGUCUGCAGGCAAAUUUUAUGGCGAUGCUGAGAAAGAUAAAGGUCUUCAGACCAGCCAGGAUGCUCAUUUCUACGCGGUUUCAUCCCGCUUUCCUGAUUUCAACAACAAGGAUCAGCCCCUCGUAAUCCAAUUCACUGUAAAACAUGAACAGAGCAUUGACUGUGGUGGAGGCUACAUCAAACUUUUCCCAUCAGACCUCAAACAGGAAGAUAUGCAUGGAGAUUCCACCUAUAAUAUCAUGUUUGGUCCUGACAUCUGUGGUCCUGGCACCAAGAAAGUACAUGUAAUCUUUAAUUACAAAGGCAAAAAUCAUUUGAUCAACAAAGACAUUAGAUGCAAGGAUGAUGAGUACACCCACCUGUAUACGCUUAUUGUCAAUCCAGACAACACUUAUGAAGUCAAGAUUGAUAAUAAGAAGGUAGAGUCUGGAUCUCUGGAAGAAGACUGGGACUUCCUGCCCCCCAAAAAGAUCAAGGAUCCUGAAGCGAAAAGGCCUGAGGACUGGGACGAGAGAGAGAAGAUUGAUGACCCUGAUGACAAGAAACCAGAGGACUGGGACAAACCCGAGAACAUCCCUGAUCCCGAUGCCAAGAAGCCUGAUGACUGGGAUGAUGAGAUGGAUGGGGAGUGGGAGCCGCCCAUGGUCUCCAAUCCUGAAUACAAGGGUGAGUGGAAACCCAACCAGAUUGACAAUCCUGCUUACAAGGGGAAAUGGGUGCACCCUGAGAUUGAUAAUCCAGAAUACACUGCUGACAGCGAAAUCUAUAAAUACGAUAGCAUCGGAGUGAUCGGACUGGACUUGUGGCAGGUUAAGUCUGGCACCAUUUUUGACAACUUUCUCAUUACAAAUGACCCCAAACUGGCAGAUGAGAUUGGCGAUGAGACUUGGGGUGCCACAAAGGAUGCUGAGAAGAAAAUGAAAGAAAGUCAAGAAGAGGAAGACAGAAAGAAGCGUGAGGAAGAGGAAAAUACAAGAAAGGAGGAGGUGAAGGAUGAAGGGGAAGAUGAAGAUAAGGAGGAGGAGGAGGAAGAAGAGGAAGAGGAGGAAGAAGAAGAAGAAGAAGAGGAGGAGGAGGAAGAGGAAACAGACUCUAAACUCAAAGAUGAGUUGUAGAUUUCAACAGGAACUUGUGAAGAAAUAUCCCAUGACUAAUGGGGUACAAUACAGAGAACUGGACUAAUGCUAGACAUUCCUUUUUGUUGUGUGUGUCGGAUGAAUCUGGCAAGAUUGUUUUGUCCCUUUCCACUACUACAACCCUAUUUAUAGAUUACAUUUUUACAUAAUUUUCAUUUGCAUGAUGUCAAGCAAAAUCCCAAGCGUUUUCAGUCAGGGAGAGUUGAGCAGAACCAAUAUGAAAAUCUUUGUCUAUAGCGUGAGAUGAUCCAUAAAAAUUCAAUGCUCAUAUGUCAGAAUAUCCUAAGAAAUUCUGUAACAUGAAACUUGAAUCAUAGAUACAAUUCUCAGAAACUAAUAUGAUUACCUCAAAGAACAUUUACUAUAUUUCAUUGAUAAUGUGGAGCAGUUAUUGCCAUCAUUUUGUUCUCAUUUCACUUCUGAAUACGGGAAGUUGUUUCUCAUCUACAGCAUUUUGGCUUAACACAUUUUUACAUGUGUGUGUGUGUUUUUUGGGUUUGAGAGAGAGUCCUUACUUUACUUACUUUAUUGCAUGUUUCAUCUUAAACCAAACCUCAACUUCAUAACCACGUACUUGCUCUCAAUAUCAGUAUAUUAGAGAUCAGGUUCUUGGUUGUAUACUUUCCUGAACACAUAGCGGAUUUCACAAAGCUGAUAUGGUUUUGAUCUGGCCCUGGUCAGCAAGCAAACUUUUAUACCGAAUUAAGAAUUUGCAUGUUUGGCUGAAAGUACGGCGAAAGCAAAUCAAGGUUAAUAAUGGUUUCUUGCAGUUGCUGUCAAUUGUUUGUUUGGGUUCAACUGAUUUGCUGAAUGAUUUAUUCAGCAAAUGUGGUUAUUAGGGCCUGGCUGAACCUGUGGAGUAAGGAAAAUUUUAAAAAUGUGUGUAAGAUUUCAAGGGUGUUGCAGGGUAAGUCUUCUAUUAUUCUAGAAACACGACAGAUUUCACAGCCAUUGUGAAUAUUGCACUGCUGUACUGCUUCAAUCAUACUUCUCCCAGCAAAAUGGAUUGUGACCUUUUUUUUAAAGAUAUAUUUUGUACUUUUUGUGUUUGAAGGAUGUACCUUGACAUUUUGAGAAGAAAAGCUCUGGUAUGACAGUUGUUGUCCAAUAAUAAAACUACAAAUAGGGUUAUCAUA